CCGGCCUGGCCUGGCCGGGACAUGGGCGGCCCCGCCGCGCCACACCCGCGGGGGCUCCGGGGGGCGCGCCGGGGGCUCCUGCCGCCGCCGCUGCUGCCGCUGCUCCGGCUGCUCCUGCUGCUGCUCCCGCCGCCCCUGGCACAGAGCCUCAAAGGUGGUGCUGUGACUGUCCCAGAAACACUGCUCUUCAUCUCCACACUGGAUGGGAACCUCCACGCCGUCAGCAAGAGCACAGGGGACAUCAAGUGGACCCUGAAGGAUGAUCCCAUUCUGCAGGUGCCGGUCUAUGUGGCUGAGCCAGCAUUCCUUCCAGACCCCAAUGACGGCAGCCUGUAUAUCCUGGGAGGAAAGAACAAAGAAGGCUUGAUGAAGCUGCCAUUCACCAUCCCGGAGCUGGUGCAGUCCUCGCCGUGCCGCAGCUCGGACGGAGUGCUCUACACCGGGAAGAAGCAGGACACCUGGUUCAUUGUGGACCCCAAGUCAGGGGAGAAGCAGACCACCCUCUCAACAGAGGCCUGGGAUGGUCUGUGCCCAUCCAGCCCUUUGCUCUACAUUGGACGGACCCAGUAUGUCAUCACCAUGUAUGACACCAAGUCACGGGAGCUGCGCUGGAACGCCACCUUCUCCGAGUACUCGGCUCCACUCUGCGAGGAGUCCUACCACUACAAAAUGGCUCAUUUGGCCUCAAGUGGGGACGGGCUGGUGGUGACCCUGGACAAGGAGAGCGGGGAGGUCCUGUGGGCGCAGAACUACGGCUCACCUGUGGUUGGCAUCUAUCUGUGGCACCAGGACAGCCUGCGCCGCCUCCCCCACCUCAACCUGGCCAUGGAGACCCUGCGCUAUCUGACCUUCCAGUCACAGGACAUCCACGUCCUCAAGUGGAGCUACCAGUCCGUCAAGGACUUUGCUGCCACCAAGACCCAGCUGCUGCCAGCGCUCUACGUGGGGAAGCAUGCCACCAGCUUCUAUGCCAUGACCUCCCUGGUGCACGGCAGUGUGGCACUGGUGCCCCAGGGCAUCACGCUGGCCAGGAUCGAUGGCCCCACCACGGAUGACGUGACCAUGAGGGAGUCCGGGGAGUGCGAGAUCACGCCCAGCACAGAUGUCAAGUAUCCACAGGGCAGCAUCACCUCACUUCCCAACCAGUGGCUCCUCAUAGGGCACCAUGAGCUGCCUCCUUUGGUCCACACCACGAUGCUGCGAGCCUUCCCAGAGAACCUGAGAAAAACCACAGAAACCAUCAUCCCCAGGGCUCCUCCCACCAGGACCGUGUUCGAUGAUUUCCUGGCCCCGAGCAGCCCUGAGGAGCCAGCUGUCCGCAGCGAGGGGCAGCUCCAGCCAGACCCCACACCAGGAGAGCAGGUGGAGGUGUACCCCGAGUCUGGCACCUGGGACCUGGUGAUGGUUGGCAUCGGCACGGCUCUGCUGGGUGGGGGAAUCCUGGUCCUGCUGUUCACGAAACUGCAGCGGCAGCAUAUGGCCCAGCAGCAGCAGCUGGAGGAGCAGAUACAGAUCCUGCAGCAGCAGCAGGAGAUGCUGCGCUUGGGCCGAGUCUCCAGGGAGGGUGUCCAUGAGGAGUCUGGGGAGCUGGAGCUGAGCCGGGGAAGUGCCUCAGAGCUCUCACAGAGCUCCAGCCCCUCCACCUGCCUGAAGGACCCGGCUAAUGGAACAGUCAGCCCAGAGCCAGCUGUCCCAGUGGCUACUGCAGAUGCAGAACCAGACCUGGUUGUAGUUGGGAAAAUUUCUUUUAACCCCAAGGAUGUGCUGGGCCAUGGAGCUGGAGGAACCUUUGUCUUCAGGGGGCAGUUCGAGGGCCGCAGUGUGGCCGUGAAGCGUCUCCUGCCCGAGUGUGUGCACCUGCUGGACCGCGAGGUGCAGCUGCUCCGCGAGUCUGAUGAGCACCCGCACGUGGUCCGCUACUUCUGCACGGAGCGGGACCGGCAGUUCCACUACAUCGCCAUCGAGCUGUGCUCUGCCACGCUGCAGGAGUACGUGGAGAGCCCCAGCUUUGAGCGCCAUGGGCUGGACCCAGUGUCCGUGCUGCGUCAGACCAUGUCCGGGCUGGCCCACCUCCACUCCCUCAGCAUCGUGCACCGUGACCUGAAGCCCUGUAACAUCCUCAUCUCUGCCCCGAACCGCCACGGGCAGAUCCGCGCCGUCAUCUCCGACUUCGGCCUUUGCAAGAAGCUUCAGGGGGGACGACAGAGCUUCAGCCUCCGCUCCGGGAUCCCUGGCACUGAGGGCUGGAUCGCGCCCGAGGUGCUGCAGGAGGCCCCGAAGGAGAACCCUACCAGUGCUGUGGACAUCUUCUCAGCCGGGUGCAUCUUCUACUACGUGGUGUCGGGGGGAGAGCACCCCUUUGGGGACAGCCUGCGGCGCCAGGCCAACAUCCUGGCGGGCUCCUACCAGCUGAGCUGCCUGCAGGAGGAGGCUCACGACAAACUCGUUGCGAGGGAGCUGAUUGUGGCGAUGAUCAGCUCCGAGCCCCAGCGCCGGCCCUCGGCCCCUCUGGUCCUUGUGCAUCCCUUUUUCUGGAGUCAGGAGAAGCAGCUGCAGUUCUUCCAGGAUGUCAGUGACCGUGUGGAAAAGGAGCCAGCCGAGGGGCCCAUCGUCUCAGCCCUGGAAUCGGGGGGACGGGCGGUGGUGAGGACCAACUGGAGGAUGCACAUCUCCCUCCCGCUGCAGAUGGACCUGAGGAAGUUCCGCACCUACAAGGGGGGAUCAGUGCGUGACCUGCUGCGGGCCAUGAGGAACAAGAAGCACCACUACCACGAGCUGCCGGCCGAUGUGCAGGUGGCCCUGGGCUCCGUCCCCGAGGGCUUCGUACAGUACUUCACCUCCCGCUUCCCGCGGCUGCUGCUGCACACGCACGGGGCCAUGCGGGUCUGCGCCCACGAGCGCACCUUCCGCUCCUACUACUGCCAGGGCCUGAGGGGCGACGGCGCCUGAGGGCCGCAGGUCGCGCCCAAGGGCUGCGGGUUGUGCCUGAGGGCCACGGGUCACGCCUAAGGGCCAGGGGUCGUGCCUGAGGGCUGUGGGUCAUGCUUGAGGGCCGCAGGCAGGUCACACCCGAGGGCUGCGGGUUGUGCCUGAGGGCCAGGGGUCAUGCCUGAGGGCCAUGCGUCGUGCCUGAGGGGUGACGGCGCCUGAGGGCCGCGGGUCACGCCCAAGGGCUGUGGGUCACGCCUGAGGGCCAUGGGUCAUGCCCAGCGGCUGCAGGUCAUGCCUGAGGGGCAAUGGCACCUGCCCAAGGGCUGCAGGUCGUGCCCGAGGGCUGUGGCUGCUGCUCCCUGCCCGGGCCCUCUCUCGGUGUCCUGCUGCCAGCCAGGCGAGGGCUCAGCAGGUGGGGCACCGGGCAGCAGAGUUGGGCACAGGGCAGCACCAUGCCCUCACCUGGGGGACCCUCUGGGCAAGCACCUUUGCCAACACUCAGAGUCAGACUCAGGUGUGAAGGCAUUUGAGUCAGAAAACAAAGACAUCUUGGGUGGACACAGCGCUUGGAGAAGAAAGAGGAAAACACAUAGUGUUUUCACAGUGGGGCCCUGGCACAGCCAUGCCCUCAGGCUGCCAUUGGCCCCGGGGGACAUUCACCAGGGACAGGAAGCUUUGUCCCACAGGUUCUCUCCUGUGCCAGGGGCCUGGGGAACGCAGCUCCUUGAGCUGUGUCCAGGACGAGGCCCCCAGUCUUGACACUGGAGCUGCCCCUCAGCCCCAGCAGGGCUGUACUCACCAGGCCAGGCCGAGCAGCCACCCUGGGGCUGGGACCUGCCCCACCAUGGAGGUGUGAAUCUCAGCUGGGCUCAGAACAAGGGUUUGUCCUUUAGGGGUGCCAGCAGCCUGUACCUGUGCCAGGCCUGGUGGCACAGCAGUCCAGGAACAGUUGUCUCUGGGCACAAAGGAGGGAGUUCCUGGCCCCUGGGAUCCUUCCCUCAAAAACAGGGCGAUGCCUGCAGCUCUCCCAGGGCUGGUGUCCCAUGGGUGCUCUGGUUCAUGGCAUCCCCAUGGGCAUGUAGUCCCUGCAAGCCAGCCUCCAGCAGCAGCUGAACCCAUGGGCAGAGUCACACAGCAAAGCUCCUCUGUGGAACAGCAAUAAUUUUGUAUAGUUUGAUUCCUCUUUGUACUGGGGCGUGGUAUUUUGUUACACAGGUAAAAGGGUUUGUACCAGGUUUCUUUUCAGAAUAUAUUUAUACAAAAUGUUAUAAAAAAUUUUAAAAUAAAAACUAAAACUCA